CAUUUUCUAGGAAACGUUUCCAAAAAGGCUUAAUAGCUGGCGUUGUUCCAAAGAGAUAACUCAGUUUAAACUGAAAUCAAGUUACCUUCUACUUUCUACGAAUCUUUCGUUUCAAGGAAAUCUCAAGGUGAAUGCAAAGAUACUGAUUCUUUGAUAUGAUGUAACGAAACUUGUCUGUCGCCUAUUCAUCAAAGUUUGGGCAACAUCAAGAAAAGGUAAUAACCCAGUCUGACGUUCGUGACAGAGGGGAUUAAUCCUUCCUGCACUCCAACGGGUCUGUUAAUUAACGAGCCAUUGACUAACGGAUAUGGCGCCACGUAACGCAAAUGACGCCAAAUAUUUCUUCAUAGUGAGCCAAUACAGCCGCGGUAAACUGGUUAUUAAUAUUCGUAAAGGCAUUAAAAGCGGAGUUCUUGAGAUCGUGAAACCAGAACGUGGGCGGUCAAGUCAGUUGUGGAGAUGGGACGAGAGUUGCCGGCUGGUCAGCAAACUGGGCCUUGUGGCAGAUAUCAAAGAUGAGAGUAAGAAGGAGGAAGCCGUCUGUCACGCCUGGAAAGCUCACGAUGGCCUCAGCCAAAAGUGGCGAGUCGAAAAAGGGGCCAUUAAGAGUAAUCUGAGUCACCUUGUUAUCGAUUGCUCACCUCCCAGAUGUAAUGUUUUAAUGAGAAGCUUCGAUGAAUGCAAGGAACACCAAAAAUGGCAUUUUGUUCCAGAAAAGGCAUGGGACGAUUUUCAACUUUCACUGACAGAGCCAAACCCCCUUAAAAAGGCACUGUUCUGGAAAAAUAUGGUUGAAAAUUAUCUUGACGUCAUCAUGGGAUACAGUAUUACAGAGUUUGAGGCCAGAGUCCAAAAAGCUUUUAAAGUCAUAGAUGAAUGUACCAGCAGACUAGAAGAGGUAACAAAGGGUACUGGUAUCGCAAGAAAGGUCGGUGGAGGUGUGUCAGCCGUGGGAGGUUUAGUUUCUGUGGUUUGUCUUUCGCUGGCUCCAUUUACAGGCGGAGCCACCUUGCCCUUUGCUGCAGGAGGAGCUAUCGGUAUGUUCACAGGAGCAGCUGCAUCAUUUACAACCAACGUGGUGCACGGCCAACUGGACGAGCAGAGCAGAAGAAAAGUGAAUGAAGCCACAGCAUCACUCUUCUGCGCCACUUACCUCUUCCACUCGCUGUUGGGUGAGUGUAGUAAAUACCUGCAAGAAGCGGAUGAAUACUUAGAAAGGCUGAAGCAUGAAACGAGCACAGAAUCCUAUUCCAAGGAUAUCGCGACCGGCCAAGCCGAGGAAAUAAAAAGGCUGGUCGCGUGUACUCUCUCAGUCGAAGGCGAAACCCUUUCAACGGCUGGACUAACUGGUACAAUGGCUCUUUCCCGAGCGAUGGCUGGUUUUGGAGUGCUGGCCGGCAUCGUGAAUAUAUAUUCAGGAGCUAAGACGAUCGCCAGCAGCGAAGAACUGGCAAAGGAAUUCCGUCAGUCUUCUGAAUGUCUGAAAAGAGAGGCUGAUAGACUCAUACGCCUAUACAAGGAACUCCACCAAGACAAACAGAGUAGAAAGUAAUGCAGCCUCAACCAAGAAUUCCAUCAAAAUGAAGAGGGCGAGGAGUCAUGUUUUAACUACGGAAAGUUAGCUUAGACUUAUGUAAUCGCUCGAGAAUGCUCAUGUUCAUAUUACAGAUAAUGAUAACUGCAAACGUAGUCAUGAUAUAAAACUACCAAAAUAUAGUUGUGUUGUAAGCUUCCGGAAUGUUCUCGAGUACUUUGUAAAUUGAUAUAAGGACUCAGUCGUAAAGUAAUAGUUUCUGUUGUCGGGAGUGACCGACUAUUUAGAAACCUAUACCAAGAAUGAGCUACUGUUCAUUUCGAGGAGAUUUGGAGAUAACUGUGAGAUUGUGUGAGAGGUGAGCUAAGAUAUAGCAAGAGUUUCAUCGCAGCGACAAAAUCCUAGAAAAUCUCUUGGAUGAAAGGGUUCGAAUUAACUUUGUCAGUAGUUUUGUUUUCUUUUUUAGAUUUAUUUAGAGCUUAGAUUCAUUUCUCGACAUGUAUGGUUUUUUCAUCGAGAAGUAGGACUUUUAAGCUUAUCUGCUACAGUGUCCUGAAUUCCGGCUUAGAAAUUGAUUGUUUGCUUGUAGUAUGUAAAAAGAAACUAUUGUGUGGACUUUUUUCAUUGUGUGAAUUCUAGUUACAAGUAAGCGAAUUGAUUAAUCGGCAUCAGAUCAACUAACACAAUCAACUUCCAUUAACUUAGUAAGGACAGUAGGUAAACUUUUUCUAACAAGAAUUACAUGUACAGUAGACGAGGGUCCGAGAUGAGGGGGAGGGGAAUCCUUAUGUCGGUUGUCGGUUAGAAUUUCAUCACUCAGUCUUAGAUUUUCGUCGGUAGUCGUUAGAUGUCCGUUAACGAUUUAAAAUGCAAGUUAAUUGAUAACAUUUAUUAGGUAGUUCGUGGGAUCGAGUACCAGACGCUGUUCUGGAAACGAGCCCGCGCUCCCAACUGGCCCCAAAGUAAGUUCAUAACAGGAAAUUCUAUAAUGAACUGAAUCUUUAAUUUAAAGUGGCUAUCUCCUAAGCUAGGAUGCUUUUCUUUCUGAAUACCAUCGCCAGAAAUCAAGGACAUUUCGAGCCCGCUAACAAUUAUCAGCGGUAUAUCGUAUUACACUCCGGAACAAUAGAAUAUCAAGAGAAUUUAAUAUGGCGGCGAUCACGGCUCAAUCUGCAAAGAAGAGUGUUUCGUUCCAUGACUUACACAAUUUGAGCACCGCAGAUCUUCUAUUUGAUGAAAAGAAAAAGAAAAGAAGACCUGCAAGUAAAUCUUUGGGAUUUUUCGAGGCAGAGCGAUGACAUGAUGCCAGAACUUUGAUUUGCUUUAAUUUAAUUUUCGCGCUAAGACUACUGAAUUUGCAUUCAAUGCCUGGCAUAUUUUUAUUCCGAAAAAGACCGAGAACUAAUUUAUUUCCCUGCUAGAACAUAAACAAAUAUGGCCGACGAUUCGAAGAUCAGCGUUGCUCGUGUUUAACUAUUUCAGUCAUAGUUUUCAACAUGGCGCCUUCGUCACUUACUCAGCAUGGGAAAUAAGAGAUAUUCUGGCGCGUUGGGAACUUUUUUGAUGGGAGGAAAUGGCAAUUUUACAGGAUAUUUGGACGCUUCGAACUCUGUAGCAUAUAGCAGUCAAUUCGAUCGAGAGCAGUUGACUUUAUUGAUGCACUUUCCUGUAAUAGGCGAGUGUUUGGGAUGGAGAACGACUUUGAAUUUUGAAGAACUGUAUGGC